CGUCUGACCCCGCCCCCAGCGUAGACGAGCAACUGGACUUCAUUCCCGGGACGCGCAGUCCCGUCUUUCCAUUAGGGUCAAGCCCGGGGUGGGGGUGGGUAGAGUAGGUUCAGCGCAUCCCCGCUCCUCUUUCUCCCAGGUGGUAGGACCCGCCCUCCGCUCCACCGCCCCCUCCAGGUGAGUGGUAGCUUCCCCCCCAGCGCGAAAGGUAGUGGUGACACACGUUCCCCCCUCCUCCGAACGCGAGUUGGUAGCGUCCGUGACGAAGUUAGCUUGAUCCUCCCACGCGCGCCUCCUUCCUCGCAGCUGCUGCGCCCUCUCCGUGCCACUGACUCUCACGUGCGGGUAGCCCACCCCGCAUCCUCGUCUCGCCUCGCUCCCAGAAGGAAGUGGCCGUAUUUCCUUCGCCUUCACCCAGGCAACGGGGGGGCAAAUCGGCCAGGCCCGCCCGCUGACGUCACCUCAUAGCCCCGCCCCUCUAGGGUCCCAGGCCUUUGCGGCGGGGGUUGCCCGGGGGGGUGGGGGGGGAGUCAGUUGAGGCGGCGGGAGCUCGGCGGCGGGUGGGCCAGGUGACUGGUCCGGGCCAUGCCGAGAAAGAAGCCCUUCAGCGUGAAGCAAAAGAAGAAGCAGUUGCAGGACAAGCGGGAGCGGAAGCGAGGGCUUCAAGAUGGGCUGCGAUCCAGUUCCAACAGCCGCAGCGGGAGCCGGGAGCGGCGGGAGGAGCAGACCGACACCUCGGACGGGGAAUCUGUGACCCAUCAAAUCCGCAGGCUCAACCAGCAGCCUUCCCAGGGGCUGGGUCCUCGAAGCUAUGACCCAAAUCGAUACCGGCUGCAUUUUGAGCGAGAUAGCCGCGAGGAGGUGGAAAGGAGAAAGAGGGCAGCCCGCGAGCAAGUGCUACAGCCGGGCGGUGCUGAGCUGCUGGAGCUGGACAUCCGGGAGGUCUAUCAGCCUGGCUCAGUCCUGGACUUUCCCCGACGUCCUCCUUGGAGCUAUGAGAUGUCCAAAGAGCAGCUAAUGAGCCAGGAGGAACGGAGCUUCCAGGAGUAUCUUGGGAAGAUUCAUGGGGCUUACACCUCUGAGAAACUCAGCUACUUUGAACAUAAUCUGGAGACAUGGAGGCAGCUGUGGCGUGUGUUGGAGAUGUCUGACAUUAUUCUGCUUAUCACUGAUACCCGACAUCCAGUUGUGAAUUUCCCACCAGCACUUUACGAGUACGUGACUGGAGAACUUGGGUUGGCCUUGAUCUUGGUCCUGAACAAGGUGGAUCUAGCCCCACCGGCUCUCGUGGUUGCCUGGAAGCAUUAUUUUCACCAACACUAUCCCCAGCUCCACAUAGUCCUUUUUACCUCUUUCCCUCGGGACCCCCGCACCCCAGAGGACCCCAGUAGCGUUUUGAAGAAGAGUCGGAGGCGGGGGAGAGGUUGGACUCGGGCCCUGGGGCCAGAGCAGUUGCUGAGAGCCUGUGAAGCCAUCACUGCAGGGAAAGUGGAUUUGAGCAGCUGGCGGGAGAAGAUUGCCCGAGAUGUGGCAGGGGCCACCUGGGGAAAUGGCUCUGGGGAGGAGGAGGAAGAGGAGGAUGGACCUGCAGUCCUGGUGGAGCAGCAGACUGACUCAGCGAUGGAGCCGACCGGCCCAACCCGGGAGCGCUACAAAGAUGGGGUGGUGACCAUCGGCUGUGUGGGUUUCCCCAAUGUGGGCAAGUCCUCUCUGAUCAACGGGCUGGUGGGCAGGAAGGUUGUGAGUGUCUCCAGAACUCCUGGCCACACCAGAUAUUUUCAGACCUACUUUCUCACCCCCUCUGUGAAGCUCUGUGACUGCCCUGGCCUCAUAUUCCCAUCCCUUCUGCCCAGGCAGUUACAGGUUCUGGCAGGGAUCUACCCCAUUGCCCAAAUCCAGGAGCCAUACACUGCCGUGGGCUACCUGGCCUCUCGAAUCCCUGUGCAGGUCCUGCUCCGCCUGCGCCACCCAGAGGCCAAGGAUCCCUCAGCGGAACACCCCUGGUGUGCCUGGGACAUCUGUGAAGCCUGGGCAGAGAAGCGUGGUUAUAAGACAGCUAAGGCAGCGCGGAACGAUGUGUACAGAGCAGCCAAUAGCCUCCUACGGCUGGCACUGGACGGCCGCCUCAGCCUGUGUUUUCAUCCCCCGGGCUACAGUGAACAGAAAGGCACCUGGGAGUCCCAUCCGGAGACCACAGAGCUGGUGGUUUUGCAGGGCAGGGUGGGGCCAGCAGGUGACGAGGAGGAGGAGGAAGAAGAAGAGCUGAGCAGCUCCUGUGAGGAGGAGGGAGAGGAGGACCGGGAUGCGGAUGAGGAGGGGGAAGGGGAUGAGGACACCCCAACUUCAGCUCCAGGGUCCAGCCUGGCUGCCCGAAACCCUUAUGCCCUACUGGGAGAGGACGAGUGCUGAGUCCCUACCCUGCUCCAUCUGCUCCACCCAGCGUCUCUGCUUUUGGACUGACCUGGGGGUACCUCCCCUCUGCUGCCCCAGUUGUGAAUAAAGAUUGUCUGCUUUGUAGCCCCUUCCCCGAAUGGACUGAGGUGAGAGCGGCUGUUUUAGCCACCAGCUGUGGGACGCCUCUCUCCUCUUCUUUCUUUCCCCUCUUGGGGAAGGAAGAGUUCUCUUAGGGGUUAAUUCACUGGGUUGUAAGGCCCUGAAAUCCACUGUCUCUGCUCACUCUCCCACUCUGCACCGUAUGAAUCCCAUUAUCAACAUGGGGAGGGUAAGUCACUUCAGGCUUUGAGGCCUGGUCUGAAUCCAACCCUCUUUCGGAGUUUGUGCCAUUCCUUCUCUCUUGUGUGCCCCCCUGCUGCUAGACCUGGGUCUACUAAGGUCUACUAGUAAGGAGCUUUUUGGAGCAGAAGUGAUAAGAGGUGUGACAAGCUGAUGUCUCCGUGUGAGCUUCUUAUAGGAUUUAUUCAAAUUCAACAAAUACUUAUCAAGGACCAACUGUGUGUCUGGAUCUCUGCUAAGCACUGAGCAUAUAAAGAUGCGCAGACAGGGCCUGACCUAAAUGUGCAUGCAGCCUGGCCAUGAUUAAGACCCCAUUCUCAGGCACCCAAGAAGGGUGUGUGAUAUUCUCCAAAUCUUUGGGGCUCAUACACUAUAAUUCUAGGACUUCCUGUUGAUAGAAAUUUUUAGUUAAGACAAUGUUUGUGAAAAUGGUGAUUAAAUGUGUACAAGUAGCAUCUUAACUACUGGCAAACAACUAGUGUGCACAUUUAUGAUUUAAGCAGACCAGCCCCUUAAGUACAGUGUUAAGCUUUAUUAUUUAAAGGCCCACAUGCACUAAAGGUCUAUGAGAUUCAUAGGAGAGGGCACAGAGCCAGUGGUUUGUUUUUUGUUGGUUUUUUUUUUAAGAUUUUAUUUAUUUAUUCGACAGAGAGAGAGCGAGAGAGGGAACACAAGCAAGGGGAGUGGGAGAGGGAGAAGCAGGCUUCCCACUGAGCAGGGAGCCCGAUACGGGGCUCGAUCCCAGGACCCUGGGAUCAUGACCUGAGCCGAAGGCAGACGCUUAACCGACUGAGCCACUCAGGCGCCCUUUGUUUUUGUUUUUAAAGGUUUUAUUUAUUUAUUUGACAGACACAGCGAGAGAGGGAACACAAGCAGGGGGAGUGGGAGAGGGAGAAGCAGGCUUCCAGCAGAGCAGGGAGCCCGAUGCGGGGUCGAUCCCGGGACCCUGGGAUCAUGACCUGAGCCGAAGGCAGAAACUUAACGACUGAGCCACCCAAGCGCCCCGAGCUGGUGUUUUGAAUCCCAGUUAGCCUGGUUGGGGACAGAGCAAAGAUGAUCAGUGCAGGGUCUGAGCUAGAACUCAGCAGGUAGCCAAAGCUAUCUUAUGGAGUCCUGUGCAUCUCAGCAGCAGUCAGUUAUCUUGUGAGUCAGGGCAACUGAAGACUUUCUGUACUUCUUUGUUAAGCAGGCAACUGGACUCCUAGACUUAAUUGUUGGAGAAAAGGGAGAAUGGGAUUUGUUUUGUUGGUUGCCACAGUGUUGUCUGAGUUAAGUGGUAGCAAAAAGUAUUUUCAACAGGUUGACAAACCUAUACUGUUAGGUGCAGGGGUGAGGAGAAGAUGGAGUACCAGAUUCCUUCUCUUCACUCUAAAGCAUCCCCUGCAGGAUCUGGGUCCCUGGGUCCUUUUUUUUUUUAAGAAUUUUAUUUUUUAUUAUUUUUUUAAGAUUAUUUAUUUAUUUGAGAGAGAGAGAAUGAGAGACGGCAUGAGAGGGAGGAGGGUCAGAGGGAGAAGCAGACUCCCUGCUGAGCAGGGAGCCCGACGCGGGGCUCGAUCCCAGGACUCCAGGAUCAUGACCUGAGCUGAAGGCAGUCGCUUAACGAACUGAGCCACCCAGGGCAGUUUUUUGUAAUGCCAGUAGAAACCUGGUCAAUCCAGGAGUGAAGGAAAGGAAGAACAUUUAGGAGAGGCUGACCUGUUUGGCUUUUGAGUCCUGGUCACAUAUCCCCAAGCUCACCGUCUGUUGGUCCCAGUGAAGACAUAAGUCUUGGAAUUUCUAGUCCAGUGCAAAGAUAAAAUACCAUCAGCAUGUGAAUGUGCUUGAAGGUUACUUAAAAUGUGUGGUAAAAGAAAAAGUCCCAGUUAGAGAAAAGCCCACCUAUCUCCCAUCUUGGGCUCUUGAGCCUCGAGGCUGACUCUUCUGAUGGAAGAAAGGAGCUAAGGCUCAGCUUCCUCUGAGGGUUCAUGAUGUUUAGGGAAGCAGAGGAUUUAUCCGCUUCUAGAGGUAGGGACAUUGGAGUGUUCUCAAGAAAUGGAGGAAAGGGAGAAAAUCAGAAUUCUACCUGUCCCUUCCCCACCUCCUCUGCAAUGCUGCCUCUCUGCACUUUUAUCUCUUUGGUGUGUCAUGAAUUUACCAGGGCUAUUGGGAGAGUCUGGGUGUGGGGAUGAAAAGGUGAGACCUGGAGCUGAAGGGGAAGCUGAAGAGUGGGGAUUUUUUUUUUAAGAUUUUACUAUUUAUUUUUUUAAAUUUUUCAUUUAUUUUUCAUUUAUUUAUUUUUUGCUUAUUUGUCAGGGAGAGAGAGUGAGAGAGAGAUAUAUCACAAGGAGGGGGAGCGGCAGGCAGAGGGAGAAGCAGGCUCCUGCUGAGCAAGGAGCCCAAUGUGGGAUUUGAUCCCAGGACCCUGGGAUCAUGACCUGAGCCGAAGACAGAUGCUUAACCGACUGAGCCACCCUGGCGCCCCAAGAGGGGGGAUUUUUAUGCUGAACACCUAGAAGGAGGUAACAUCCCCAUGGGCUAUACUGUAAAUGAUUCUUUCCAGGCACCUGUCAGUGACUCACUCAUUGUAGCAAAGAAAGACUGGGAAAAGAACUAUCUUAGCAUCAAACAGAUUUCAGAGAAGGACAAAUAAUACCCCAAUAACAGUACCUGGGGCUAAGAGUUGAAACUAAAAGGGACAAAGGAAAUCAGGGGUCCAAUCUCCCUUCCAUGCUGAAAUACCCAAGACCCCUGUCCUCACAUUCCUUGGCCAAUGUCACAUCUACUAUGAGGAUACUUGACCAUGGAGGUCUGGGGCCCUGGCAGUUCCCAUUGCUUCUGGCCAGUGUCUGUCUCUCUCAAAGUUUAUUUAUUUAUGCAGUCUCUACACCCAAUGUGGGGCUUGAACUCAUGACCCUGAGAUCAAGAGCCACAUGCUCUCCCGACUAAGCCAGCCAGGCACCUCUCUGGUCAGUCUAUUGAUGGAGAGAACUCAGUGCUUCUCUCAUUCAUACUGGCAUUCUGUUUAGACACUGAGAAACUUCCUUCCAGGAGUCCCUGUUUUCAGACUGAGUUUUUUUUAAGAUUUUAUUUAUUUGAGACUUAGAAGAGAGAGCACUAGUGGGUUGGGGGUGGUAGGAGCAGAUAGAGAGAGAGGGAGAAGCAGACUCCUCACUGAGCAGGGAGCCCGACGAGGGGCUCAAUCCCAGAAUCCUGGGAUCAUGAUCUGAGCCAAAGGCAGACGCAUAACUAACUGAGCCACCUAGGCGCCACAUCAGACUGAGUUCUAAUCCUGCUUCUGGGACAAUGUGCAGUCUAGGGUUGUUCAAUUAUCUGGGCCUCUGUUUCUUAAUUUUUUAUGAUCACUGAUAUAAUCAACAAAAGUUGGUUGAAAACAAUAUGUGCCAGGCAUGCUGAGUUUUCUGGAACAAAGAAAUUGAAUAAGGCAUAGACUGUACCCUCAAGGACUAAAACAGCUAGAUACUAAUAAUAUAAUAAUUCUAUAGCACUAUGUAAAUUAAUUACAUGUGUCCAUUGAACUUCAUAACUAAGCUGGCUAGAACUAUAAUCACCCCAAGGAUUCAUUCACCCACUGAACAUUUGUUGAGCAAUCACUAUCUGCCAGUUGCUGCUAAGUGGUAAGUGAUGUAGAAGUGGUCCUUUGU